CAAUUUUGUCUUGUCUCACUCAGACACAAGUUCUCAUGGGCAUGGAGCGAUACUUGUUGCAUCGAUAAAGACAGCAGCGCAGAGCUUCAAGAAGCUAUAGGAUCCAUGUUUUCUUGGUAUCAUCGAUCAUCCCUGACAAUUGUUUACCUGUCUGAUGUCUCCGACACCGGCUCACUAGCUGGCAGUAUCCGGUUCAAGCGCAGGUGGACACUUCAGGAAUUACUGGCUUCACGCGCCUUGUUCUAUAUGCAGGACUGGUCACCCAGCAUGAACUCUGAUGCCAGAAACCAUAAAACAGACCCCAGUAUGCUCGAAGUACUCGAAAAGGCAACGGGAGUAGUGGCGUGGUAUCUUGAAGACUUCUCUCCAGGUAUGGAUGAUGCACGAUCGAAAGUCCGCUGGGCAUCUGGCCGUUCUACCACCCGACCUGAAGACGCUGCCUAUCCUCUUUUCGGAAUU